AUGUCACUCACCUUACUCUUGGUUGCUGUUGCAAUUCCAGCGAGCUUCGCCGGUGGAAUCCCAAGAUGUGGUCUAGUAGACAGAGAAAUGGAUGGCGUUGCUAACAUGGGUGCAAAGUGGCCUAAAAGAAGGAUAACAUACACUAUCGAAAACUACCUUGACUAUCUAUCGGAAAAUGACACCAAGAAGGGUGUCCAAGAAGCUUUUGACCAAUGGUCAACCUUAGUGCCAAUCAAAUUUCAAUUUGUUUCCUCAGGUGGCGACGUUAAGAUCAGUUUUGGUAGAUUAGACGGGAAAUGGGGCAUGUUGGCAGUUGCCACAGUCGGUUGGGCACGAACAAACUUUCUCGUAUUCGAUACCUAUGAAAGAUGGACGUACAAAAACGUUGACGAAAUUCUGAAGGGUUAUAUCGAUCUUUAUACAAUUGCGAAACAUGAAAUCGGUCAUGUUCUUGGUGUGGAGCACAAUCAAGAUCCUCUAUCUGUAAUGGCCCCCUACUACAACACUCCACUAAACAGGACUACAAGACAGUUCAAAGAUAUAUCAUUUCGAGAUGAAGAUAUUCGGAAAAUUCGAUCUCUUUAUGGUGGGUUUUAUAUGCUUGAAACUGUCUAA